CAAAAUAUAACACGCAUUGAGGGCGAUUGUCUUGCGUAAUAAUGAUUCGAUACUUGCAGGGCAUAUAUUACAAGUGUGGAAAUUGUUUCAACGACAACAUUGGGAUUUCAAGAGUCCUAUGCAUCAGUUCUUGCAUAUCAAUAUCGAGACUAUAGAUAAAUUAGAAAGCAGAGGUGUUAGUUUAUACACACUUCGUGAAAUAGAUAUCGCUAAAGGAGAAUUGCCCAUGCUCAAUGUUGAUGACACCUUGCAGCCCAUAACGCGUACAGUAUUACAUAUUAAAAUCAAUAUAUCGCCAAACUUUGUUUAGAAUAAUCGGAUACAUGGUAAAACAAGUCAAAAUUUUUGGUUAUGGAUUGAAGGAUCCCGUUUCCAAUUUUAUGAAUUGUUCCAGGCCACGCGCAAAUUUGUCUACAGCCAAAAACCACAAAAACUGUUGAUGGCAAUACCUCUCAAAGAGCCUUUACCGUCACAAUAUUAUAUACGAGUAGCGAGUGACACUUGGCUGGGUACCAAUGCGUGGACUCCAUUAACUUUUAAUUUUUAGUGGUACCGGAACACCAUCUCCCUCUUACCGAAACCUAUAGUGCUCUGAAAAAUCUAUGAAUCUUUCUAUAAUUUUACGCAUUUCAAUCCUACACAAAUUCAAGUCUUUCAUUGUUUUUAUCAUACUGAUAAUAACGUUUUGUUGGACUCACCCACAAGUUCAGGUAAAACUAUAGUAGCGGAAAUGGCCAUACAAUAAUAACGAAAGAGCUAAGGUUGUUUAUAUUGCGCGUUUGAAAGCUUUGGUUAAGGAAAGAAUUAGCGAUAGCUACCACACCAAAAAAAUAGGAUGGUAUCAGCCGGUCUUGCCAGACAAGAGAACAUGUGCAAGAUGUUGUACUAAUUGUUAUAGACGAAAUACAUUUUGUAAUUGUGUCAUGUAUGAAUUUCAUUACAGGAUGCAAUAUACGUUGGUUUAUCUACUGCUUUUGCCAACGCUCAAGAUCUCGCCAAUUGGCUGGAUAUUAAGGAAAUGGGGUUAUAUAAUUUUAAACCUUCCGUAAGGCCGGUUUGUUUGCAAUUGCAUAUAAAUGAGUUUUCCGGCAAUUAAACCGAAUUGAAUAACUUUUCUGCCUUCUCUUUAACCAUUUAUUUGCAGGCAAACUGUCCAUGGAUGGCCACUACGAAUCGGCCGACAUUCCAAACAAUACGCUCUUAUUCGCCAACGGAACCCACCAUAGUUUUUGUUUCAUCCCGCCGUCAAACUCGAUUAACCGCUUUCGAUCUGAUUACUUAGAGGCAAAUGAAAUAACGAUAGAAAAAGUGUGUUCCUCUAAUAUAUUUCCUCUUUACUUCUUUGCCAGAUACUAGAUUAUUUACGCUUAUGCUUGUGGUAUUCUGCCGGUGCAGUCUGUACUCCCUCCCGGUGAUGUAAAACAUCUUAACAAGCUCAAACGCUAUAUUAUCAGUAACUACGAAGAAUCAUAUAAUAAUGAAUUAUAUCAAUACGUACAAUUUGUUAAACGCAGUGUGAAAGCCAAAAGAUAUGCUAUCUCUUUUUUUUUUAUUUUACUCAUAGAGUUUAGUUGGAAGUCCUUUUGCAAGCGAAUCAAAUCUUUUGUGCUUACAUGGUUUACUAAACGCUGCUCCUGAAUUGUUGACCUCUUCGUUGCUUUAUCUUCUAGAACCUUUGAAUAAUUCCUUGAAAUAUGUCGCGGAUAUAAUGCGUAUACAAGCAGCUCAAGUUAUAUUAUGGGCUUACGGACUCGAUGAUCGAGAAUUUGACGCUAAUUUGAUGUUAAAGAAUGCUUGGAGGCUUUACCACAACGUUCAUUGGAACAUAAGCAUGGUUGGCUGGUAGUUCUUGGCCAUGCCUUGAGUAAAAAAAUAGGAUAUCUCAUCAUACAACGUCAAACAAAGAAUUUCGCUGAAUGGCAAAAUUUUGUAGACGCUGUGAAAGUUAUGGCUAAAAUGUUAUACGAGAAUCAGUGGCUUUUAGUCUGACACGAGACCAGCAAUCAAUAAGUGGACCUAUUUGAAAUUUUCCGCCAUGGAUAACUGUGAAUUGGGAAAUUCAUGUGACUUUUAAAGUUCAAGGCAAAGGUACAGAAUUAUUUCGUGACGGUUUUGCCAUAUGGUACGCCAAAGAACGUAUGCAACCAGGGCCAGUUUUCGGUAGUGACAAUAAGCCAAGCAUGCAUUAAGAUUAAGAACUUUUCUCUGCGGCGCGGGAGCAGUGACAAUUGGCUUAAGUAGCCGUAGUCUCUUACAAAGCAAUUUUCGGCAUGCUAAAUGUGAAGGCAACCGCUUGACCGGUAUCUUUCAAAACACGCUGCAACCAGAUGAAGGAAGAUUUGAUUGGAAACGUUUCUGGUCGUAUCUUCUUCCAUAUAUGUGGGAGUUAUUAGCUGCAGUUGCUGCUGCGCUCUUUGUGGCCUAUAUUAAUGUUUUGGACUUAUGGCAGUAAUUGUGAAAUUGCAUUUUAGCGUAUUAUGAAUAGCGAAGAAAUUGAAGCACCUAUCCUACAAAUUUUGGGUGUUAAGAAAAUAACUACUGAAGAAAGCGAGCUCAUACGCAUUCUCAUCUCGGACGCAAUGCUUUCUACUCAUUUGAAUUUGCCAUGCGAAGAAGAACAGCUGAAGGAAAACACGAUUAUUAGAGUAGAUAAAUAUAUAACGCCGAUAGUAAGCAAAAACGAUGCUGAAAAACGUGUCUUCAUUGUUAUGGGCUUGACAGUUUUGCAUCCAGGCGAUCAUGUGUAGAAGAUUGGUGAACCCAUCAACCCGUUAGACGCACCUGCUUCAUCUGCUCAGAAAGCGGCUCCUACUCCUACUUCGUUACCGUCCACUAGCAAUAAUAAAUCUAAACCGGCCAAGGAAAAUAGAAGCUUUUCCAACGGCAACAGCAAGAAUACCAAUCUCGAGCAAUCGAUGAAUGCUGGUUUAAUUAGUCCAAUAGCUAGUUUGAGUCCAUAUCACAAUAAGUGGACAAUAAAAGCCCGCGUUACUGCAAAGUCCGCAGUACGCAGUUGAAGUAACGCUAGAGGUGAAGGGAAACUAUUUAACAUGGACUUAAUGGAUGAAUCGGGAGAAAUAAGGGCUACACCCUUUCGUGAACAAUGCGACAAAUUCUACGAUAUCAUACAGGUGGACCAAGUCUACUUCAUAAGCAGAUGCCAAUUGAAGCCGGCAAACAAACAAUUCUCUACACUUAAAAAUGAUUUUGAAAUGACUUUUACUAAUGAGACAGUUGUACAGUUAUGUGAGGAUGCUUCUGGUAUACCAGAAAUUAAAUAUGGCCUAGUGCCCAUUUCCCAAGUCGCAAAUAUGAAACCUAAAGCGGCCGUUGAUGUUGUGGGUGUAUGCAAGGAAGUUGGAGAGGUACAGAUGUUCACCUCACGCACAACAAACAAAGAAUUCAAAAAACGUGACCCUGUCCUAAUUGAUAUCAGUGAUGCUGCCGUGACUCUAACAAUAUGGGGAGAGGAUGCUGUCAACUUUGAUGGCCAAGUUCAACCAGUCAUAUUGGUAAAAGGUGCCCGCAACAAUGAAUUUAAUGGAGACACAGCCGGAGAUAUAGAGCUUUUAAAAACUGACGCUCUGAAAACGACGCAUAAUAUACCAAAAGGUAAACUACUACUGGCUAUUGAUCAUCCCACUGAUGCAGAAAGAUCGACCUCAUGUGAUGAUGAAGAUGUGACAGAGCAAGAUCUAUACGGUCUACCACUUCCUAAUGUAGACGUUGGAGACAUUAUAGAUUCAACACUGGCAAUCACUUUAAGGAAACCAUCCAAAAUAGAAGAAGCAUUGGACCUCUGCAUAGAACGUUUAGCAUGUACCUCAUAUCAUAUAAAUAAUAAACAAAAACUACGGUAUUUAGUGGAUCUAGACCACUCGGAUUUUAAUGAAACUACCGGCAGACAUAAUGAUGAUCAAUUAACUAAAACUGAUGUUGCCAAAAUUAUGGGUAAAUCAAGUAUGGUAUCGGGUUUGGAGAAAUUGAAGGAAUUACCUAGCGUUGUAAAUACCAGAAAGCGACGUGAAUUGAACAAGAUUGAACGUUCAAAAACUAAAGGCAAGGAUUGGUUCAACAUGUCCGCUCCUGAAACAACCGAAGAAGUAGAAAAUGAUUUAAAGAUAUUGAAGAUGCGUUCUGUGUUAGAUUCUAAACAUUUCUAUAAGAAAAAUGAUUUAAAAGUUUUGCCUAAAUAUUUCCAAGUUGGUACUGUGCAGUAUUCCCCUUUAUAUGAUAGGGAGUGUGACGUUCGUAAGCAUAAGAGACGUAGUUUGAUGGAUGAACUCUUAGCUGAUUCAGAGGCUCAAAUGUACACAAAGCGUAAAUAUAAUGAAAUCGUUAAGCGGAAAGAGAAUUACGCCCAUCGCGAAGCCACAAAAGCAAUGAGAAAGCUAAAAAAGAAUAACUAACAAAAGCUUCCGUUUUU